AUGACAGGCACCAACCCCACAAAUGGCAGGCACCAGCCCCACAAAUGGCAGGCACCAACCCCACAAAUGGCAGGCACCAACCCCACAAAUGGCAGGCACCAACCUCACAAAUGGCAGGCACCAACCCCACAAAUGGCAGGCACCAGCCCCACAAAUGGCAGGCACCAGCCCCACAAAUGGCAGGCACCAACCCCACAAAUGGCAGGCACCAACCCCACAAAUGGCAGGCACCAACCCCACAAAUGGCAGGCACCAACCUCACAAAUGGCAGGCACCAACCCCACAAAUGGCAGGCACCAACCCCACAAAUGGCAGGCACCAACCCCACAAAUGGCAGGCACCAUCCCACAAAUGGCAGGCACCAACCCCACAAAUGGCAGGCACCAGCCCCACAAAUGGCAGGCACCAACCCCACAAAUGGCAGGCACCAACCCCACAAAUGGCAGGCACCAACCCCACAAAUGGCAGGCACCAACCCCACAAAUGGCAGGCACCAACCCCACAAAUGGCAGGCACCAGGAGAAGAUGAUCAGCCACCCUGGGCCCCCACCUCACAUAAGGAUCAGCCACUCUGGGCCCCCACCUUACAUAAGGAUCAGCCACUCAUUCUCUGGGCCCCCACCUCAAUUGAGGAUCAGCCACUCUGGGCCCCCACCUCACAUAAGGAUCGGCCACUCAUUCUCUGGGCCCCCACCUCACAUAAGGAUCAGCCACUACGGGCCCCCACCUCACAUAAGGAUCAGCCACUCUGGGCCCCCACCUCACAUAAGGAUCAGCCACUACGGGCCCCCACCUCACAUAAGGAUCAGCCACUCAUUCUCUGGGCCCCCACCUCAAUUGAGGAUCAGCCACUCUGGGCCCCCACCUCACAUAAGGAUCGGCCACUCAUUCUCUGGGCCCCCACCUCACAUAAGGAUCAGCCACUACGGGCCCCCACCUCACAUAAGGAUCAGCCACUCAUUCUCUGGGCCCCCACCUCACAUAAGGAUUAGCCACUUUGGGCCUCCACCUCACAUGAGGAUCAGCCACUACGGGCCCCCACCUCACAUAAGGAUCAGCCACUCAUUCUCUGGGCCCCCACCUCACAUAAGGAUCAGCCACUACGGGCCCCCACCUCACAUAAGGAUCAGCCACUCAUUCUCUGGGCCCCCACCUCACAUAAGGAUCAGCCACUUUGGGCCUCCACCUCACAUGAGGAUCAGCCACUACGGGCCCCCACCUCACAUAAGGAUCAGCCACUCAUUCUCUGGCCACUUUGGGCCUCCACCUCACAUGAGGAUCAGCCACUACGGGCCCCCACCUCACAUAAGGAUCAGCCACUCAUUCUCUGGGCCCCCACCUCACAUAAGAAUCAGCCACUCAUUCUCUGGGCCCCCACCUCACAUAAGGAUCAGCCACUCAUUCUCUGGGCCCCCACCUCACAUAAGGAUCAGCCACUACGGGCCCCCACCUCACAUAAGGAUCGGCCACUCAUUCUCUGGGCUCCCAUCUCACAUAAGGAUCAGCCACUACGGGCCCCCACCUCACAUGAGGAUCAGCCACUCUGGGCCCCCACCUCACAUGAGGAUCAGCCACUCUGGGCCCCCACCUCACAUAAGGAUCAGCCACUCUGGGCCCCCACCUCACAUAAGGAUCAGCCACUCUGGGCCCCCACCUCACAUAAGGAUCAGCCACUCUGGGCCCCCACCUCACAUAAGGAUCAGCCACUCUGGGCCCCCACCUCACAUAAGGAUCAGCCACUCUGGGCCCCCACCUCACAUAAGGAUCAGCCACUCUGGGCCCCCACCUCACAUAAGGAUCAGCCACUCUGGGCCCCCACCUCACAUGAGGAUCAGCCACUCUGGGCCCCCACCUCACAUGAGGAUCAGCCACUCUGGGCCCCCACCUCACAUAAGGAUCAGCCACUCUGGGCCCCCACCUCACAUAAGGAUCAGCCACUCUGGGCCCCCACCUCAGCCACUCUGGGCCCCCACCUCACAUAAGGAUCAGCCACUCUGGGCCCCCACCUCACAUAAGGAUCAGCCACUCUGGGCCCCCACCUCACAUAAGGAUCAGCCACUCUGGGCCCCCACCUCACAUAAGGAUCAGCCACUCUGGGCCCCCACCUCACAUAAGGAUCAGCCACUCUGGGCCCCCACCUCACAUAAGGAUCAGCCACUCUGGGCCCCCACCUCACAUAAGGAUCAGCCACUCUGGGCCCCCACCUCAGCCACUCUGGGCCCCCACCUCACAUAA